AUGGUCCAAGGAGUGACCCAAACCCCUCCACCUGGUUACCGACCUCUAGCCUCCCUGCAAGCCCUCACCUCCACUACCCCAUCCCCAAAUUAUGACCCAACCAUGGAAGCUUUCAUCAGCCUCGACAAGGAGGAGGCAAUGGUGCUCUCGGAGCAAUGGAUAAAUUCACUCAUCAUCAAAGUGAUAGGGAAAUCAUUUUCAGUUGAUUACCUCAAAACAACCCUCCAAAGAAUUUGGAAAACCAACCACCAGAUUCGCUUCAUUGCCUUGGGCAAAGGUUUCUACAACAUCUCGGUCCCGAAUGAGGAAGUAAGGGAACACAUCCUGUCACAAGGGUCGUGGUUCAUUGCUAGCUACAUGUUAAUUGUUCAACCAUGGAUGCCAGGAUUCAUACCAUCCCAAGCCAUAAUCUCGAAAGCCCCAGUCUGGGUUUCAUUACCGGAGCUGCCAAUUGAGUUCCACUCGCUGCAGAUGUUUCAAAGAAUUGCAAGCGAAAUUGGGACCUUCAUCAAAACAGACACAAAAGCUCUUGAGCAAAACAGAAUAAGGUUCGCAAGGAUUCAAGUGUUGUUGGACCUAGCAAAACAGAGGAAAGAAGUAAUAUGGCUAGGAGCCUUCAAGCAAUCCAUCUACUAUGAGGAGAUACCACACUACUGCAACCAGUGUCAGUCAAUUGGGUACCGGAGUGAAAGAUUCCCGCAUUAUCCGGUUGAUAAAGGGGAAACAGAGGACGGCGCGGAGGAGGUUGAGAAGGACAAAAAUGAAGGAGUAGGGCAAAACGUGGCACCAUCACAGGCCACCAAUGAGGAGGGAGAAAACACCAACCCUUGGAUCCAUGUUCCCAGCAAAGAGAUAAAACAAAAAAGGGAAACAAAAAAGCUAAGUACAAAAAACAAGAAAAGUGCAGAGCAAAAGGUGGGAGAAACUCAGGAAGGAAAAAGGGGGAAAAACAAAAUACCAAGAGCUAACCGAAGAAGUCAACUACAAGUGUGGGUAAAUACCCAAUCUCGGUCCACAAAGUCACUACAAGGCUAUCAGCCCAACUUGCAAAAACAGACCAGCAGAAAGCCCAAUGGGGGAAGAAGAACCAAGAAACGGGCCCAAUGA